AUGGCCGGCCUGCAGACCCCGCUCCUGGCAGCCCUCCUGCUCCUUGCUCUGGCUGUCCACGCAACAGAAGCAGGCCCUUACGGAGCCAACGUGGAGGACAGCAUCUGCUGCCGCGACCACAUCCGCCACCAGCUGCCCCACCGCCUGGUGAAGGAUUACUACUGGACUUCAGACUCCUGCCGGAAGCCCGGCGUUGUCCUGGUAACCCUCAAGAAGCGGGAGAUCUGCGCUGACCCCAGGGUGCCCUGGGUGAAGAAGCUUCUCCAGAAGCUGGACUGA